AUGGACCCGGAACUCGCGCUCCACCUCGAGAUCGCCGCGGUGGUCCUGAUGGCGGUGAUCAUCGUCGCCGUGGCCGUGUUGGCCUCCGGCGUAGCCUGCGACGACGUGGCCGGCGCCGCCGCGGUGCACGCCGCCGACGUCGAGAGCGCCCUCGGCGACGCCACUCUCAUGACGUACGCUCAGGCGACCGCCGGGAAGAAGGAGAAGGGGAAGGAGGAGGAGCGGUGCGCCAUCUGCCAGUGGGAGUACGGCGAGGGCGACGCCGGCGAGCUGGUGCGGGUGGUGCCGGCCUGCGGCCACUUCUACCACGCGAGCUGCGACGUCGACCGCUGGCUCCGGAAGCGCCAUACGUGCCCGCUCUGCCGCGGAGGGCUCGGGCCGCCGCUGCCGCUGCCGGCGCUGCCACGGCCGGAGUGCCCGCCGAUGCCGGCGCGGAUGCUGUCUUCAGCUUAG